GCGCCCCAUAUGAACAUGUGUGAGAAACGAAUGGAAAUGAGCGCAAAAGCAGAGGGAGGUGGAAUCCGUUCCACUAGUCCGUGCCUUUCUUUGCGCCUGGCUGGUUCUCUCCACCUUUAAAGCAGCUAGAGGGAAGAAAACAGUCGAGAGGGAGGCGACAGCGCAAAUACAAUGGUCACUGAAACUGCAAAAGACAAUCCGAAGGCCGAUUAUUUCCCACCCGAAGCGAGCGAUUGCCCCAACUCUCCCAUCUCAUUUUCCUCCGAAGACGGCCAGCUAAGCAGGAGGCGCGACACCCAGACCACCAGCGGCAGCAUCAUCCCGGAGGACAGCGGCAGCAUCCAGGCCCUGGUCACCUCAUCCGCAGCCGCCGCCAGCAUCAUGACAUCAGGGGAGUUCGUGCAGACCGCUCCCCUGCUGGCGCACAAAUCCAAGAGGAGCAUGCUGUACAAGGCGCUGUGCUUCCUCCUCCUCAUCUUCCAGGGCGGCGUUCUGGAUUUCUACCUCAUCAUCUUCACGGACCUGUACUGGUGCUCGUGGAUAGCCACGGACCUCGUGGUGAUUUCGGGCUGGGGGAUUUUCUUCAUGAAGAACGCGCGGAGUAAGAGGGAGCGGGCCUGCGGCUUUCACCAGAAAAGCUCCAUUUUCGGCUGCAACCUCGGAGAGUUCACCUACGCCUACCUUGCAUGGCUCAUCUACGUCAUCGCCUGCACCCCUAAGGUGGUGCUCAUCCUGGAGACCUCCAUCCUGGAGCUGAUCACGUUAAAGGUCCCGUUCGGAGCGACCGGCUUCAAAAUCGUCAUGCUGCUGUCUGCGCCGCUGCUCUUCUGCCUCAUCAACUCCAUCAUCGAGGACCUGAACGGUUCGACGCGGCACCACUCCCAGAGCUGCUUCAUGGGCACCUGCCUGGACCUGCUGGACAGCUUCACGCUUGUGGAGAUGCUGCUAAGGAACGAGAUCCCCACGCUUUAUCUUAAAUACACCGUGAUCUCGGUGUACUUUGUGGCCCUGGCCGUGCCGGUGGUCUGGCUGUACGAGCUCACGGCGUCCGAGCUGCGCUGCAGGUGGCUUUGGGCCCGUUUCUCCACGGGCCUGGUGGUUAAUGCGCCCCUGCUGGUGGUCAGGUGUUUCCAGGUCUACAUCUACAAGAUGCCGGUGUCGGUGUUCAUGUUCAAAAACAUCUUCUUCUUGGCCUGUAAGCUGCUGGAGCUGCUGGAGCAGUGUGUGGCGUUCCGGGGGGUCCGCAGGCUGGCUGGCGGCAGCAACCCGGCCCAGUUCUCCCACUGCGUGUCCGAGAACGACAUGUGUCCGCACGGGUAUGUCAAUACUCUGGCUGUGGCUCAGUCCUAGAGUCGUGGCGGCCGUCUCUGCCUGUGACGGCAGGACAGACAUAGCUGGAACCUGGAAAAUCCCAAAUACCACCGAGUGUCCGCCUCGGGAUGCUGGCUUUUGGAUUCACGUCCACGCGAUAAGCAAAGCAGGUAUCAGGUAUCAGACACGCAGGCAACAAUAAAAUAAGCAGUGCAGAUGAUGGCAUUUAGCUGCUAAAUAAUAGACAAAAAACAAAACCAAUUUUCUAAUCAGACUGAAAAAACGAAAUCUUAUCUCCCGUGGUGAGCUCCUGUUGGGCCUCCCAGCUGCAUCUCAACAUAAAGUAUUAUUAAAGGGCCUUGAAGAGGCUCCGUCUCUGUGUUACCACUAACAGAGGUGUCAUUCGUGGGAAGACAAGAAAAUGUUCAGCAUAAAAUAAAAAAAUGGGGUAAAGGCAGAAGUUCCAUCAACUGGAGGCUGUGGAGGCCUAAUCUGCUAAUUCAGGUCUUUCUGUGUUAGUGGGCCCAAAGGCAGCUACGCAAUGAUCUCAUUAUUUCAGUGACUGUGAUUUGAAAUCUUUAUUUCCAAAGCAGCUCCAGGGUCACCAAGCGCUGUCAGACUACAAGCCAGGCUCGACUCGCUAAUUAAACCGCAGGGACCACAUUUGGCCUUUGUUAUCAAUCGAUGAUGCUUACUACCAAACGACUUUGUGAUUAAUCACAUGCAGAGCUGUGAAACAGUAUCUGACCCUGAUUUCUUUUUUGGUCGCUGUUCGCAUGUUUGUCACUUCUCUGUUUCAGAUCAUCAGACUUUCUGAUUCUAAUAUGAUUUAAAAAUAACCCGUCUGAAUACAAAAUGUACUUUUAUAUGAGGAAUGAUGAUUUUAUUUAUUGUUGGAAAACGUUAAACCUACCUGGACCUGUGUGAAAAGGGGACUGCCCCCCUAAAGCUAAUAACUGGUUGUGCCACUCUUGGCAGCAACAACUGAAAUCAAGUGUUUGCAAUAACUGCCAGUGAGUUUAACUUCUCUGUGGAGCAACUUUUCCAUCAGGACUUACAUCGGCCAGUCAAAAAAUCUUCAUGUUUUUUACCAUUUAGAGGUGGACUUGCUGGUGUCCUGCUGCAUAAAACCACUGUAGAGCUGAGCAUUCCCGGGAAGGUUCACCACUGUGCCAGGUUUUCUUGGUGGACGGCGUUAUGGUUUCCCAAAGCCUUUGACAUUGUAACCCUGUCAAGCGUCCUUCUUUCACCUGUGUCCUGAUGCUUUCCUUGUAGCCUGCGUCACUUUGUCAGACGCCUUCUGUGUAAUGGAGUUUUUGAUUGAACAGGUCUGACCUGAAACAGGUGAACGUGACAAAUAUGCAAACAAAAAAGAAACAAGGAAACAC